UCUUUAAAAAGAGUUGUAAUUCCUGUGUUUUUUUUAUUGGUUACUUGUGCAGAAAAAUGGACAAGAAUAAAUUCAAGAUGGUUCGUUGUGGAACAAUGGAGAAGAACAUAUUCAAGAAGAUAAGUGCUGUGGUUCCGACUGAAUUGGAUUUUGAUAGAGCCAUCCGUUUUGAGUAUCAGAUACCAAACUGUACCCUGAUACCAGACCGUGUUUGUCAUGAUGAUAUCUCCGAUAUCCGUCAAAAGUAUGCCGUCAAGGUCAUGUCUGCAGGGACAACACUUUCAAACAAGCUCAAUGAUGUUUUACACGAGUUUCCUUGCGUCCGUCAUCUUGAUCCGGUGUACGCCAGUCUUCUCCAUCAGCGCUACAAUAUGUAUCAUUACGAUCGAGCUGUACGUCAAGUCUCCGUGACACAAACGCUAGUCAAUGUAAUGUCCUUUAACUAUGUGGAUCUUCUGAGAAAGGACGAUGAUUGCGACUCAAGGGACAAGUGCAGGUCCCUGGGAGUGACUGCUCUUGCGCGUAUGCUUACUUUUGCAAAGAGCUGCAUUCCUGCUUUGAACCUUCUCGAUCAGGUCAGGGAGUUCAUGGCGAGUGUGGAAGAUGAUGCUGCUGCUACUAGUUUGGUGAACAAGUAUUCGGACGUCUUGCCUCCGGAAAAGUACCCAUUCCCUGAUAUUGUUUGGGAAGACGAAACUGCCGACUUUGUUGAUCCAGAGACUCUGCUUUUGGUUGAGGAAUUGGAUCGUCGAUAUGAACUCUGGCUCAAAGGUGGAAGCCAUAUAUAAGGAACCCAUUCCAAUUUAAACCUCACAAAAGUGAGUAACAUGUCUAACAUGUCUUGAGUUUCU